AUGGGCUUAUUGGCCAAAGAGGAGAUGAAUAAGAAGAAAGGAAGAGGGUAUUUGAGCACAAGAAUGGUGAGAUACGAAGGCAACGGAGAAGAAGAAGACCUUCACAAUUCCCAUCCUCAUCCUCAUCUCGAUUCCUCUCCUCAGCCCAACCACGACGAUCUCACCGAUUCCAAAUCUCACCAUGGAUCUCGCGAUUAUGACAGAGAAUCUUCCAGAAGCAGAGAGAAGGAGCGGGAGAAAGGGAGAGACCGGGAUAGAAAAAGGGAAAAGGGGAGGGAAAGGGAGAGAAGUAGGGAUAGGGAUUCGGAGAGAAGCAGGGACAAGGACAGAGAUAGGGAGAGGAGCAAAGACAGGGAGAGGGACCGAGAGCGUGAUGGUGAGAAGGAAAGAGACCGGGAUAGGGACCGCCACCACAGAGAUAGGCACAGGGAUCGUGGUGAACGAAGGGAAAGGACAAGGAUAGAGAUGAAGAUGAUUUUUACAGGAGCCGUGACUUUGACAGAAGAAGGGAUUAUGAUAGAGAGGAUAGGCAUAGGCGGAGGUCUCGGUCUAGAUCUCAAUCCAAGUCAGGGGUAGAUCCGAACAUAGAUCAAGGUCGCGUUCUCGUUCACGCUCAAAGAG